UCUCGGACGGAUGCACCCAGUCAGUGUCUGCUAGGCUCCGGAUCUAGUCGAUAGGCUAGGCGUAGUGCAGUGUGCAUCAGUAUCAAGUGGGACGAUUGGUGAGAAAUCAGUUGAAGAAGUGUGUUUGCCAUUUCUUCUAGGAUUUUCUACAAGCUCUAGUGCUCGUUACGACAAAAGGCGCAAAAAUAGCAGAAGUGAUGGGUCAUCUUAGCACCAUUGUGGUAGCCCUGCUGGGCACGUUUGCCAUUUGCCAUGCGGCUCCUGCGGCUAUUCUGCAGCCCGCCGCUCAGUACUACCUGAUACAGCCACAACCCGCGACGCUCAAGAUCCAACCACAUCUGAUCCAACCGAUCCAGCAAUUGAAACUGGAGCCGAAGCAGUACGUCUACUAUUAUCCCUCGCUACCGUUGGCCACCACCACCACUACCACCCACCAGUACACGGAAGGUAAACCGAUCCGGCUGAUCACGCUCAAGCAAGAUGAGGGCAAUUGGUGGUCGUCGGUGUUUUCCUUCCUGCAGCCACCCGCGACCGAGAUGCCAACGUCGGAAGGCGAAACGACUGAAGCGCCUGCUACCGGUGAAGAAGGAUCCGGCGGUUCGAAGGCACCCGAGAAGAAGCUGAUGUUUAUGGCACCGGCCGACGCCGAGAAGGGUCCAGACACACCUGCUUCUACCGCUGCACUGCCGCAACCACAGCGCUACUACAUCCUGAGCGGUGCGCCUCAGUUCUACGGUAACUUCGAUGCUCUCCAGAAUCCGCUCAGUCCAGUGUUUAGCCUGCAGCCACUGCAAGCUAUUCACGCUCGUGCCAACUCUGACAUUCAGGCCGAGGAUGGACUUCAGCCUAAAUUCCAGGCCCAGAUUGUGUCAUCGCUUGCCCCUAUUGCACCCGUCCCGGCAGCAGUACCGGCCCAGCUGAAGAACGAUCUGCUGGAGUCGCAUCAGGAUAAGGAACAGACGAUCGACCGAGCAUGGGCACGAUCGCUGGACGAGGAGCAGCAGCCAGAGCAACCGCAGCAGCUGAUGGUCAUGAUGGAGGACGAAGAGGAACCGGCCGUUGUUGUGCAGGGACGCUCGAAGGCUGGUGUCGAUGAGGAGGCUCCUGAGAUACAACCGGUUCACCUUCGUGCCGCGGUUGAGGAGGAAAAGGACGGCAAGCAGGAGGGUGUGCAGCGCAGCGUGAACGAUCCAGCCAUCGCCGCCGUUAAACCUUCCGGUAUAGCACUGGCCGGGCGUGGUGGUGUGGCUGCUUCAGCCCCCACCGGUACGGCGAUCGUCGGUAAGAAUGGUCUAGCGUUGGCUUCACCGUCGGCCACUUCCGUUGCAGGUAACUUCUUCGAUGAGGACGAGGACGAGGAAAAGAAGAAACCACUGUAAGCAUGGCGUCCGGACACUGCCUGGCGACAACUCCGCGGGAACUCCAUUCACGUCGGACCAGCAGGAUAUAUCUGUAUACGACGAUCAAAAUUGAGACCACCUUUCUCGACCACACCCGGCAAAAUUCUUCUCCCGAGUCUUCAGAGGACUUUCGUCCCGCGAAAGCUUUGGGAGAUGACCGGUCAAAAAGUGAUACAUUUCCCUCCAUUAGAUUUAUACAUUAGCCUUUAGAAGAGAAGCAGACGGACGGACGACAAGCGGACUGAAAAUGGGAACCCACCUCCAAGAGUGAACCCGGGUUUUAGACGUGAACGGCAUCGGUACACCAUAUUGGAACCGGCGCAAACGCUCAAACUAAACGAUCAACUUCAUUAUCAUCAACUCAUUCAUCACUCAUCAUCCACACACAAAUCAUUAACAUCGCAUCAGAAAAAUAACACCCAACGUGGAAUAAAGUACGAAACAAAAAAUGAAA